CUUCGCCUCUUUAUUACGAGGUUUCUUCCAAAAAGACAAUCUUUUCUACGAAGAAUGAAAAAGGAAGUUCUGCGAUUCAAACCGGUCGGCUAGAGCUCAUAGAAUGAAUCCACGGAAUUCAUCAGCGUCUCAUAGAAUGAUGAUUCUGCAAGAGUGAUUAGUAUUACAUUAUUUCAAGCCGGAGUGAUGAAUAACAAGUGAACUAAUAACUGUAUCUUUACUUAAGCUUUCUAUUAAAUUCACCGGAUCUUUUAUUAAUCGUAACAUACUGAUCAUGUGAUUACCAUACAUUGCAUAAAAUUGUUGAGGCUUUUGGAUGAGUAUGCAUCAUUUUUCUUCUGUUUUUAAAGAUAUCAGAAAUGUGAUUCUGGAGAGAGCGCAAACGUGUGAUUUAUGAUACGACUAGAUUAAGGUGCAGUCAGUCUGAGGCUCGUAUCCAUGGAAGUUCCUGAAAAAGUAGCCCGGGGUCAAGGCACCAGAUUAACGUGCGGUUAUGACCUGGAAGGUGACGUUCUAUACUCCAUCAAAUGGUAUAAAGAUGAGGUCGAGUUUUUCCGAUACGUCCCAACCGAUCGGCCUCCGGGCCAGUUUUUCCCCCUGAAAGGCAUCCAAGUCGACCUGGGCAGGUCUAGCAAUGGAUCAGUUUACAUUCGUAACGUCAGUCGCUCAACAGCAGGGAUCUAUAAAUGCGAAGUGUCUGCAGAUGCCCCCUCCUUCCAAACAGUAUCUGCUGAGAAACCGAUGGCAGUAGAAGAAUCCUCUGGUCAAGCUCAAUAUGAAGCAGACAGAAGUACUGCCAGUUUUCUGAUAGUAACCAUGCUGUUGAUAUUGCAGUGGAGGUAUCACAUGUGGUGACGCAUUCAUCUUAACUUGCAAGUUCUGAACUUCCAACAGUUGCUUUGUGCCUUGAGAUUUCGCAUCCUCUCCAUAAACAGGGCAUCUGUGAAAAGUAGACAAUGAUGGAAGGUUCCUCAAACGUUUGCUUUGAGACAUCGAAAGAUUAAAGGUUAAAGCAAGGUAAAAAGCUCAAGCAACUAAGCGGAUGAUGCGAGUUUAGGUACUAUCCUAGACUACAAAACUUUUGAAGCUUCUUAGCCAUGGGUUUAAGAAGAGACUUAAAGGCGUCUAAUGUUUCGUUCACACUUCCUGUAUCGUUUCUUCCAAGAAGUGCACGAAACUUGUUAUAAGUAAUUAGGAUAAUAAUUUGUAAACCAGAAUGGUGGAAUUUUAAAAUUUGUAAAUAAGUAUACUUUCCUGUAUGAAACAUCAUUCAUUCUGGAUUAUGUUAACGGAUACGUGGAUCAGUUUCACGUCACGAUUCAGUGUCGUUGAAUUUCCACAGCCUUUCAUCGAAUUAUUAGAUUUAUUCACACAUUUCCCUUCGUACUAAGCGUCUUAGCUAGUACAUCUUGACGAUGUUAUCAAUAAAUGCAAAUGUAGCCAUAUUUCUUCAAAAAUAUGCAGUUUGGUUAUUUCAUAUAACGUAUGUACCUGUUAUAAUGAAAGUUAAACGUUACUAGUUUAAUAUUACAGUUACUGUUAAUAACUAAAUUAAUUAUAAAGUUUUUCGAUUGGUCGAGAAUUAACUAAAUCUAACUUAUUAUCUUAAGUUGAGCUCUGUGAUCCGAAAAACGGCUAAAUUCAUUUGUUUAUUACCUUCGCACAGUAGCCUAUAAUUUUUUUUUUUUUAAUGUAUUUGUUUAACGCAUGCGCAAACGCGGUUUGCAUGCGUACACAAAUUGUGUAAAUAAAUCAUGGAAAUUAGUUAUUAAGUACAAUUUUUGCAAACAAUUGAAGAUGAAAUGAAUUCAACUAACUAAAUUAUAUUACUUAAUUAUGAAUUUACAGCAAAUAGUAUUGCCAUGUAUCCAAAGACUGGUUAAUGGUUGUUGAAUAUAUACAUGUACUCAGAGUUUUUCGCUCACGUUAUUCGUACGCUUUCAAAGCUAGAUACUACUGCUUAAAACAAAAGAUAUCUAUAUUUUGAAAAGAAAACGUCAUGUCCGGAAAUUAUGAAUUAAAAAAUAGUUACUGUCUAAUAUAGUUUUCAGUUACAGAUAAUAAAAAUUAAAAAUAGUUUAAUAAUUCGCAAUAAAUCCUGAAUAAAAAUUCAAGCCUAUAUUUAGGAAAACGUGAAGUCUAUAUUUAGGGAACAUGUUUAAGAACUCUAAGUUGAAAAGAAUUUUAUUCAUACCAUUAUUUAAAGUACUUGAAAGAGGGUAUAUAAAUCAGUUACUUUGAAAAAUAUCUAAAUGUGCGAGUCCGCAUCGAUCAUUCUUUCAAAACUGUUAUCUGUGAUUUAAAUUGUAAAACUUUGUAAAUUUAGCAUUUGGCAUAUAAUUGGUUUUAUAUCGUUUUCACGACACUAAUGUUCAACCAGACAUAAAUGAAUAUAACCAGCUUCAAAUUGUAAAUUUAAUUUCGAUAUUUUGUACUACAAAAGUUUAUUUAAAUUUCAUUAAGAUUAAAUAAACAAAUAUAUUUUUAGGCAAACGUUAACCUUUCUUUAGUCAAAAAGACAAUAUAUAAACACAUUUUGGGCCCACAUUUUCAAGGAAAUGUUUUUUAUCUAAUUUUUAUUAAAAUUGCCACGUUUCUGUGAUUUUUGGAAAGUAAAUUUUCUUCAAAAUAUAUCGUCUCCAUUGCAAAAAAAAUAAAUAAAUAAAUAAAAAUAAAUAAAAAUAAAAAUAAAAAUAAAAAAAAUAAAAAAAAAUAACACUUAUCUGCAUUUUUGGAGAAAAUGGCUACUUAGUGCUAUUAAGUGAGAGUUUGUAGGACAACUGGUAAAGUGACUGUUUUCGUAAGAAAUAUCGGGCACCAAGAUUAAACCGAUCUUUUAUGUAUUAGAAAUUAUAUCAUUGUUUAUUCAUUUUGAUGAACUAUAAAAUUCUACACACACUUGCUUGGCUUAAAAUAUCAACAACUAUAUAUCAGAUUAAUUCGUGUUUUAAAAUUGAUGUACAAGUUCUUCGCUGUGUUGUUUGUGAAACUUGAUCGAUUGUAUAUGGUAAAUGAAUAAAAUAUAUUGUUGUAUAAUUUAAAAAUAUA